UUUUCUUUCUGUAAACGAGCGACUUCUUCGUGACACACAUUACUGUCACAUUGAUUUAUUACUGGUUGACCGGGAAGUCUUGACUGCCGUACGAUGGCAGCCACGCUGACUAAGCCGAAACAGUCGCGUUGGGCAGUGGGCUCAGUGGAUGUUUGUGCCUUGGCGGGCUGGGCGGAACCUUUGUAUAUUAGUUGCUCGUCGGAGAGGAGCACACGUUUGUCAUCGACCCGACCCUCUGGUUAGGCAAAAUAGCCGUGCUGCUUUCACUGUCAACUCGCGGCCUCGUGAAGAUUGAAUGAGCUUCCAAUGUCCCUACACUUUUAAAUAACGCCUGAAGGCAGCCAAGCAGUUCCUGACAGCUGAACUGUCGAGGACAACCGAUGACAACCUUUUUUGACGAAAUAAACCGUGUUGGUCGUCUACACACAUUUUGUGGAAAUGAUUUCCGAGCUGUCCAACCCCUCAGUGUUGAUGAGGGACCCUCAGAAAGUUGAGGAGACUCUCCAGUCCAUGCUGAAGGCUGGAUCCAACACAUUACAGGUUAUUUCAGACUUUGACAUGACCUUAACAAGAUUUGCAUACAAGGGUAAAAGGUGUCCCACCUGUCAUAAUAUUCUCGACAACAGCGAACUCAUUUCACAAGAAUGCAAAGAAAAGUUAAAGGAGUUGUUGAACACAUACUAUCCCAUCGAGAUCGACUCUUUGCGAUCAAUAGAUGAGAAGUUGCCGCUCAUGGUGGAGUGGUGGACCAAAGCUCACGAGCUGCUAGUGCAGCAGAAGAUCAGGAAGGAGCUGCUGGCUGUGGUGGUGAGAAAAUCUGACGCCAUGCUCAGAGAAGGCUUCCAGCUGUUCUUCGACCACCUGAAUGAGCACAGCAUUCCACUGCUCAUCUUCUCAGCUGGCAUCGGCGACAUCCUGGAGGAGGUGAUCCGCCAGGCCGGAGUCUUCUACUCCAACGUCAAGGUCUUCUCCAACUACAUGGACUUUGACGAGGCUGGUGUGCUGAGGGCCUUCAAGGGGGAGUUGAUCCAUAUCUACAACAAAAGGGAAGGUGCUCUGCUCAACACGGGUCAUUUCCAGGAGCUCCGUGCCCGACCCAACGUUCUUCUGCUGGGUGACUCUCUGGGUGACCUGACCAUGGCUGACGGCGUGCACAACAUCGAGAACGUCCUCAAGAUCGGCUUCCUCAACGACAAGGUGGAGGAAAGGAAGCAGUCGUAUUUGGACUCUUAUGACAUCGUGUUGGUCAACGACGAGACCCUGGACGUCCCCAAUGCUGUGCUGCUCUACCUCACCGGAAACAAGUGAAAGCUGAGUCGCCGUCACGCCUUGUUUUUAAAAGCAUGGACACUGAAUGAUCUCCGCUGCAGGAAGUACUAGACAAAAGUUUAAGUAGGAAAUCUUUGUUUGUUUUACUAAAAAAAAAAAAAGCGAUGCUGCGUACAUGACUACUCAGCAGGACCAAACAUAUGUACGACAUUUUUGCACUCCCAUACUGUACUUGCAGCCUCCAACACCAUGCCAAUAUGUUCUAAUCCUCCAUGUUCUACUGACUAACAAGGUGCUACUAAACGUUCAAGCGCACAAUACAAAACUAUUUCAGACUUUGUGGCACGUCACAUUUGUUUACUGCUUUUUAUAGUCAAUCACUAAGUGUAAUAUUUCACUAUCUUUGUUCAAACUUUAAAAGAAAUAAAAAAGUGUUCACCGUU